CUAAUUCGUGAAAGUGUAUAAAAAUGGCUAUUUGGGAAGUACUUCUUGGUUCCUUUAUAUUUGCGACAUACUUGGCCGAUACUGUUGCAGUUCCAACAGUUUUGCCCGUCAAUUCUUAUCGAGAUAGUCGUGAUACAGCACCAGUUAAUUGCUACGGAACUCUCUUGGCCGAAACAGCCCUUCUAGUACCUGCAUCCUGCGUAUACGACCGUAAAAACAGAAAGCCACAUCGUACUAUCAAAGUCAACAAUGUGGCCAUCGGCAAUACGAAGUCAGUUGUACAUGUCUCUUCAACGUGGUUGAAAAAGGGGCAUCCUUCCUACAACAUCGCCCUGGUUAUUAUCCCCACCCAGCAGUCAACUCCUACUACAAAGCUCACAUGGAGCCCAUAUUCCAUUGAACAAAUCGAGGUGAAGCUGAAAUCGUCAACGAAAGCAUACGCGGGCUGUGCAAGUUUAAAGAAGCUAGGACCUGCCUUGGAUGAAAUGGGAGAUCGUAUGAUUCCUUUUAAAUGUACCAAUCUGGCCACACCAGAAAAACAAGGAGCCCCGGUAUUCCAGACAAAUAAUGGGAUCGAUGAGGUUUUUGGGCUGUAUAACGGAGCAUGCACCAUAGGCUGGGGUCUUAAGAGUAAAAAGGGACACUGCGGCGUAAGACUUACGAAGACAACAUUUGAUGAAAUUUGCGCUGUGGCCAUAGCUAAAAGUCUAACCGUCAAAGGCUGUAAAGAUAUGUUAUUAACAAAAGGUACGGGGGAUCCAGAACCAACAGUUAUUAGGACAUAUCAGGGAUACACUGCAGUCGUCAGUAUACCAAUAGCAAGCCGAGGCCUGUUUCUGAAGUUCUGUCCAGCAGAUGGUUGUUGUGGGGCAAAGUCUACUCUAUUUGGUCAGAUGCAGACAAUACCAAGUCUCAUCAAUGAAACAGUGGUGCGCCAGAUUAAUAUGGUGAACUUUUCGUUGAAUGUGGAUGCUACCCCGGCAAUGUUGUAUCGUCCACAAGGGAAGGACUUUUACUUAGAAUACAAAGGAAGGCUUACUGACUUUAUGAAGUGGAAGGCUGAAACCACUAAAGAUAUUAAUGCAGGUAGAAUUCGUCGUGGAUCUGAUGUUGAACGUCCUGGAAAAAGAAGAAAAGUACCAACAUUAACAGAUACUAGAAAUGCUGAAACUUGUCCAAUCGCAGUGAACAGGUUUAGCAAUGUUCCAUCAUAUUGUUUGUAUGGAUUCCACAAAGAUUCAUACACACGUUCCGACCUUAGUAUAAAAGAUUUGGAGAACGAGUGCAAGGAAAAAUGCACCAAAGACGAUGUUGACACGGGACGAUGUCUCGUGACAGUUACAGAUGGUGCAUUUGAAGAAGAUGAACCUAAGGCUGAGUCGAUCGACCAACAAGCAGACGAGUGUUCCGAAUAUAUGAAAGAAUAUAACAUUUGUAAUUCCAAGGAUAUUUCUGACUGCGAAAUUGUAGGUGUCAAGCGUGAGCGAUCUAAGAGGCUCAUAGAAACUCCUUCAUGGAACAACUGUAAGCAAUUCUUCCUCGGUGAGAAGCCUCCAAAUUUUCCGACUGGUUCGUCCAGCAACCACAAGAAGAUAUGUCAGGACUUGAAUGAAAAAAAUCCAACCAAAUUCUACUACGCGACAUUGUAUGAUACUAGUCGCAAGAUACCUCAUUGGUCCGCCUAUAAAGUGACAAAAGUUUGUCCGCCGGGAUAUUCACCACGACCUUCCUAUUGGAGAAAGGAUAAUGGUUUGGGUUGUUCAGAUCAGGCGAAUGAUGCUCAUUAUACCAAUAAAAAUAAAGGCAAAAACGAUAAGCAAUGGGAUAGAGGACAUCUUAACCCAAAUGCAAUAAAUAACUGUGACUACAAAGAGCAGGCUGCAACCUUUACAUUGACUAAUGCUGCACCACAAGUACACAAGUUCAACGGAGCCUCCAGAUGGGCAAAAUAUGAACGAUAUACCCGGGAUUAUUUUGUAGACAAGUGCAAGGGAGGACAUCUAUAUCUUAUUACUGGUACAAUAGGAGACUCAACGGAAAAACCUUUAAAGAAUUUUGUCAGGAUUCCAAGAUAUUUCUGGACAGCUGGUUGUUGUGUUAAGGCUUCUUUUAGUAACAACGCUGCAGAUUUCAUUGGAUCGUUUGCAUAUUAUGGGGAAAAUACUGAAACGAGUGUGAUUAAAAACCUACAAGUGUCUGCUUUGGAAACAUUCCUCGGAAAAGGCGUAAAACUCUUCCUUGGCUACCCGUCUUGUGGUACCUCUACGAAUACUCCUAAGUCAGACUUGGAAAAAUAUCUUACUGAUAAAAAGAAAAAGCUUUAAUAUGGACAUUUCCAUCUUCCUCUCCGAUUUCCGUGUAAAUUACAUACUGAGUAAUACCAAUUUAAAUUAAUAAAAUGAGCAGC